GAAAGAAAGCUGCAUAUUUUGAAGGUGGGGGCCGCCAGAAGGGUUCUAGAACAACUUUUAAAUAGAUUGUUAUGACAAAUGUCAAACCCUGAUCCAUCCUAUUAUAAGUAUAUCGACAAAAACAACUUGAAAGGGGGGCACGGCUGAUCGACGCGAGGGAGUGACGGCUGAUAGAGAUACGAUCAACAGUUCAAAAAUCUUGAAGAGGAGAAGGAUUGAUUCAAGAACGAAGUCGGGUUCGAAGGGUUAAAGAUUUGACACAUAAUGGCGCCAAAGCAGAUUUCUCGUGCAAGGUUUAUUGCUCAGAACCUGGAAUCCAAUACCCAGUUAGUUUACACGACAGACAUCCAACACUCUUCUUAUGAGUGUCGAAUCAAUGAGUUGCACGGGAGACGAAUCUCGGGGUGUUUCCAUGGCUGGGUCAUUCUCUCUGACCAUUAUGACAACGUCCUGUGGUUUCUUUGGAACCCACUCACCUCUAAGUUGAUUCGUCUCCCACCUUUGACUCCUAAAGAAAAAGAUUCUUACGAAUGUUGUUUGUCUUCUCCUCCUGACGAUCAAGCUUCGGUUUUCCUGUUGUUUUCAGACACAACUCCUACCAUUGCUUUUUGUCGGCUAGACCGUAAAAGAAAGAGAUUAAAAUGGACUCAAAUGUCGUAUGCUAAACAGCUCCGGAGUAUAAGCGGUGAAGAUGAUUGUUUUCUACAAUCCCCUACUUGUUGCAAUGGUAAAGUAUUUGCCAUGAGCUGGAAUUAUGAUCAUCUUGUCAUACAACUUGACAUUGUGGUUAAAGGUAAAGAUGUUGUGAUAAAUCUAUUGCCGUUUGUGGAAAUCCCUCACACCCCUAUCAAUCGUUGUCCUUCUCAUAAUAGUUUCAAAAACCGCCGUCCUCUUAUAAAAGGAUCUUGUACAAAGUUGUUCUUCAUUUUGGUUAGUUUUAAAGAUGAAGCGAGGAAAAUGAUUGUUGACGUGUAUUUGUUUAAACUGGAUAUGACUAGUAUGAUGUGGAAGGAAAUCAUAGACCUUGAAGAUGCUAUAUUCUUCCUAGAACUCACUGAUGACUACUCAACAUGCUACUACAGUUGUGCACUUGACUCAGGGUCAGGGGGUUAUAUACAUAUUCUUGGUGAGUCUGGCAAAACAAUAUGCUCAUUUCGACCCAAAGAUAGAAGCGUGACCCUAUCUUCCCUGUCAUGUCUAGUACAAGAAAAACAAGCGUACUCAUGGGCGAUGCUUGAUUGGAGGUUAGAAGUUGAUCAUGCCAAAUCUAAGCAAGAAGAAGAGGACAAGGAUUCUAAGAUUGUCGAUAAGAUUGACUUUGAUAACACAACAGGCGAGUCACAACUGCUGAAUAUGCCAUUGCAUCUUAUGAGUUUGAUAAUGGAUCAAUGUAUUGGUGCCGAAUACAUUAGAUUUCGUGCUACUUGCAAAGAAUGUAGUUUAGCUGCACCUUUGAUUAAGUGGAGCAACAAAACAACAUUAGGGAGAUUGAAGAAGUAUUCGUUAGCUUCUCCAUGGUUGAUGGUGUUAGACAAUUGUCGAGACACUAUCACUUUUAUAGAUCCGAUAUGCGGUGACAGGUAUUUUAUAAAAACACCUCAGGAACUGAAAGGUGGUUACCAAAUAUGUUGCUCCAGGUAUGGUUGGUUGUUGAUGUUUAUUGCUAACAUCGAAUACAGGCUAGUGUUCUUUAACCCAUUCACAGGUAAUAUCAUUGAGCUUCCAUUUGUGCCUUUUCUAGAUUUCUUUUGUUUCUCAGCACCACCUACUUCCCCUGACUGUAUGGUGGCUGGAUUUACAACAUUUGGGCCGGAGCAUUUAUACAUCCACUCUGUAUCUUCGGAAUCAAUAUGGCGUAAAUAUACUUUGGAUUUUGGCAAUAAUGAUCCACAUUCAUAUCACUUUCCAACGUUCAGUGGUCGGGAUAUCUAUGCCUUGUGUAACAAUGAAACAACUGAAGUUUUUAAAGACAUAACCGCCGACGAUGAUUACUCUUGGGAGGUUGUUAUAGACAAAGGCCCAAGAAGUCGUUGCAUGGGAUACUCGACACAAUACUUUUCAACAAAAUGUGAUCAAGAUCUUUUACUUGUUACUGUAGGUGAGUUUGGAGAGUCGGUUGAGGUGUUCAAACUAAACGAGUCUAUAGAAGAAUGGGAGAAAAUAGAUACAUUGGGAAAACACAUGAUUUAUAUUUCUGAUACAUCAUGUAUUUGCCUUGAAGCUAAAUCACCCAAAAUGGAAAACAAGAUUUACUUUCCAAGAUUAUUACAUGGCGAGGACACGAAGAUAGUGUUGUAUUCUCUCGAAACAUGCAGGUACCACACAUUUGAUGACCAACAAGGUUUUGGUGCCGAUUUAUUCACAACCAAAUAUCUUUGUCACCCUCAUACAUGGAUUGAACCAAGUUGGUCCUAAAAUAACCUACUAUGUGGCACAUUCAACAUUGAAGUUAUUUAUACAUUUUCUUUUCAUAAAAACAAUAGAAACCAAUAACAUUAUUUUUCAAAUUCAUAGAGAAAGACAUUUUGGUGUUGGUUCAGGUUUCGCGCAUCCAGAUUCAUUAUUUUGUGUGAAAGCCAUUAACUUAUUCCAUAUCUGAGUUUCUUGAAAUUGAUUUACGAAAAAUAAUCAUAAUUUCAUUCUUUGGUUAGUUCAUUCAUUUUUGUUUU